AUGACUUGGUCAGCAGAGGAUAUCUCACCAGUCCUCUCCAUCUUGUUUGCAACCCAGGAGAUCACCCGGCAUCUUAAGCAUUUAGCCAAUGUCACCCUGGGCUAUAGCAUCUAUGAGGCCGCUUUUGAUGUCAGGACAACUGCCGAUGCCAUGCUAGACAGUAUUCCAAACUACAGCUGUGGAAGACAGAAUAACGUGUUGGCUGUUUUUGAAGCAACUUCUUCUGAAAUCCCCAGCCAGAUUUCAAGCAUGUUAGGCAUCUACAAAAUGCCCCAGAUCAGUUUUGGCUCUGCUGCUCAGGAUCUGGAUGACAAAACCCAGUUCCCUUUUGUCUACCGGAUGGUCCCCAAAGAAGAAACCCAGCACUUGGGGAUUAUCAAGUUGUUGCUACAUUUCGGGUGGACGUGGAUCGGUCUCUUUGUUCCAGACAAUGACAAUGGAGAAAGGUUCCUGAGUGUCUUCACCCUUCUGAUGAUCCGCAGUGGGAUUUGUGUUGCUUUCUUGGAAAAAUUUCAUAUUUCGACCCUGGGACAAAUGUCAUCCUUACAUUGUAAACCAUCUGAUUUGAGACAAGUCAAGGUGUUUGUUUAUUAUGGGGACUCUGAGCACAGAAUUUAUCCAAUUGUGAUGUUACAAAGAAUUCAGGAAGUGAGGAAAUCUCAGGGGAUAGUCUGGAUCACAACAGAUCUUCUGGACAUUGAUGAGAUGUUGUUUGGUGGCACAGAUUACUUCGAGCCUGCCCAAGGUUCUUUGUCCUUUGUAAUGAAUACCAAAAAACGGACAGAACAUGGCUACUAUACUCGACUUUCAUUUGAAGCUACAGCUGCAGCUGCAGAGUUUUGGUCAAGAGCAUUCAGUUGUACAUGUUCAAACAAUGUGCUAUCCGUGGAGGGUUGGACAAAAUGCACAGAAAAGGAACCACUGGAAACUUUGUCCCAGAAGGAGAUGCGGGCAAUCUGGUCUCAAGACCGCUACAGCACUUACUACGGCGUCCAGUUUGUGACCCAGGCCUUAAAUGUCGCAUAUUCAUCCAGAUCCAAAUGGAUGUUAAUGGCGAGUGGAGGAGACAGAUUGGAACUUCAAAGACUGCAGCCAUGGCAGGUUGUGCCUCGUUCAAAAUGCACCGAAAGCUGUCGCCCUGGAUAUGCCAGAGUGGCUAAAGAAGGGGAGGCCGUUUGCUGCUACGAUUGUGCUCCUUGUGCGGAAGGGACCAUCUCCGUUCAGGAAGAUGCAAAGCGUUGCACCAGAUGCCCAGAAGAUCAGCAUGCAAAUCAAGCACGAGACAAAUGUGUCCCCAAGACUAUAACAUUUCUCACUUAUGAAGAACCCUUGGGGAUUGUCCUGGUUUCCUUUGCCCUCUUCUUGUCCUUGACCACUGGCAUUGUGAAAGGAAUCUUCAUUAAAUACAUGGAAACUCCCAUAGUCAAAGCUAACAAUCGGGAUUUAUCCUAUAUACUCCUCAGCUCCCUCCUGCUUUCCUUUUUUUCCUCCUUCCUGUUCAUCGGCCGGCCAAGGAAAGUGACCUGCCUUCUCCGACAAACAGCCUUCAGCAUCAUCUUCUCAGUUGCUGUCUCUUCUGUUUUGGCAAAAACCAUCACUGUGGUGCUGGCCUUCCUGGCCACAAAGCCAGGGAACAAGGUGAGGAGAUGGCUGGGGAAGAGUCUGGCCAACUCCAUUGUCCUUUCCUGUUCCAGUAUUCAGGUUGUCAUCUGCAGCAUCUGGCUGGGAAUCUCCCCACCCUUCCCAGACUCCGACAUGCACUCCCAAGCAAGAGAGAUCAUCCUUCUAUGCAAUGAGGGAUCUGUUGCCAUGUUCUACACUGUCCUUGGCUACAUGGGCUUCCUGGCUGCCAUCUGCUUCACGGUGGCUUUUCUAGCCAGAAAGCUUCCAGGGUCCUUCAAUGAAGCCAAGCUGAUCACCUUCAGCAUGCUGGUCUUCUGCAGUGUUUGGGUGUCUUUUGUUCCCACCUACCUGAGCACCAAAGGGAAGUUCAUGGUAGCUGUGCAGGUCUUCUCUAUGUUGGCCUCCAGUGCUGGGCUUCUGUGCUGCAUCUUCCUUCCCAAGUGCUACAUUAUCAUACUCAGGCCUGAUCUGAACACAAAGGCACAUCUAACUACAAAAAGUGAAGGUGGUAGUGUCUGA